AUUUGUUCGUAACAUUGAAAUAAAGUGGUCUCCCUGCUGUGUCACACACACUCUCUGAUUAUCCAUCUCCAUCCCCUCACAUUCGCCUCCAGUCUGUCGGGUUUCAACAAUCAAAUCAACCACCAUCAUUCACUGCCGCUGCCCACCAUGACAGCCACCAACACUGAUCCUCUCCCCUCCCGGAUCCUCGCCGGCGUAUCAAUCCCCGACACCCCCCUCAUCGCCAAGGCCCUCGAGUUCGCGCGCGCCCACAGCGACGACUUCGCCUACAACCACAUCAUCCGCUCCAUGCUUUUGGGGUUCAUCAUCAGCGCUAAGAUCCCGUCCAUCGCCGAUCGCGACCUCGAGGUCCACGCCGUCGCGGCCCUUCUGCACGACAUCGGCUGGGACCCAACCGGCGAGCUGGUGUCGGAGGAUAAGCGCUUCGAGGUCGACGGCGCGAAUGCCGCGCGGGACUUCCUCCAUCGCGAGGUCCCGCACUGGGAUAAGCAUCGCGUGCAGCUGGUCUGGGAUGCGAUCGCGUUGCAUACUAUUGGCUCGGUGGUGUUCUAUAAGGAGGCGGAGGUGCAGGCGUCCAGUUAUGGGAUUUGGGCCGAUUUUCAGGGGCCGGAUCGCGUGCAGGGGGGCUUGUUGACGUGGGAGGAGUAUAAUAAGGUUGUGGAGGAGUUUCCGAGGUUGGAGCUGAUGGCGAACUUGAAGAAGGUGAUGUGUCACUUGUGUGUUACGAAGCCGCAGACGACUUAUGAUAAUACUGUUGGAGAGUGGGGUGAUAAGUAUGUUGAUACUUAUGAUCGCAAGGGGAAGCUGACCCAGGAUCUGUUGGAUACGUGCGAUCUCGACUCGAGGUAGUCGUGGAAUAGCGUUGCUUUUCAUCGUGGCUUCAUGAAUUACGAUUAGCUAGGAGGAUCAACUGGAGACUUUACGAACGAUUGUGAAAGGUCACUUUUAGUCAUUAGUUUACGAAUAAUUAUAACGAUCAAU